AUGGAGGAAAAUGAUGAUAAUAUUUUCCAAAGACAAGCACAAGUUGUAGCUAAGACCAAAACCAAAGUAGGGAAGCCCCCCACAAGGCUACAAAAGAAAGCUCCAGCAUCUCUUCAGGUUACAAAUUGUGGCAACACAAAUCACCUUGUGCCCUCCAAGGAGGCUUCUUCUCCUCUUACUCCAAUCCCUCUUUUAUCCCCGCUUAUCUUAUCACCACCACCAUCGCCACAACAGGCAGAAGAAUUCAGGUUCCCUAUAGUAAGUGGUGAAAUUGACAAGGGAAAGGAAGACAAAAAAGGUGCAUGCUACGCGCCUGGAGGGUGGCAACAUCCUGCAGCUGCGGCCACUGGUGGAUACGUGGAGCCAUCAUCCUUGUUUACAUUCUUCCAAUCUAAAUGUGUGCUUGUCAAUCAUGCAGAGUGA